AUUUCUGAUACUUUCGGGGCUGUUGGGUCAGAUCUUCGUUGCGGAGAUGCAGCGCUACCUUUAUUCCGACCACAUACUGGAGGCCUUCAAUGUAUUCCACCGACCGAUGGUCCUAGAGGAGGUGGUCGCCUACGUGGCCGAGCUAGAGGUCAAGUCGAUGGAGGAGGUUCGCCUGGACGUGGACAACACCCUAACGGCGGCCUGGAUGCACGGCUUCGUCAAGCAGAAGGAUAACUGGUACACUCUGGAAUGCGGCUACUGGGACGAUGAAUCCACAGGAGGCACUGCUGCAGCUCAAAGUAAGCAUUAGCGUGUGUCCUGAAUCUCCGCCGUCCACCCAGCCGGUGCCUGCAUCCAAGCAUCCUGCAACGGAUAAUCCAUCUCUGAUCAAGCGUCGUGGCCCUUUUUUGGUUGAAUAAACAGUUCCCCAAAGCUGGUAAA